AUGGCAAGAGACGGUUGAUCAAUACUUAAACAUGUUUAUAAACGGCUAAGAAUAGAAGCACAUUUUAAUUCAUCUGGUAUUGUCAUUGAUAAAGUUUAUCAGACUCGUGAACUUACUGAUAUGAAUUAUUUUAAUUAUCAUAAGAGACAAAAGUGAACUACCACCCGAGUUGUCUUUCCUUGGAUAUUGAGAUACUAAAGGCCGUAUGCCUCACGGGAUUCAAAUAUUCUUACACUUAAUGCAUAUCGUCUGAACAUUCUUCAAUGGAUAAUGAUAUCAAAUAUCUAGUGGAUGUGUUGCAUAAUGGUUUACAAAAUUACAGAUACACCAGAUUAUUUCAGUUCAUAUUUCAGUGAGAUGGGAUAUUAUCUCUCACAUUAUCUUCAAGAGACAACCUUUACAAAAAAGAUGGUCGCUUCCUGAAAGAAAUGAAAAUGUUGUGAUUGUCUUCAUAAAGACAUCAAUAUUUUGAAACUAGUGGAUAGACAAUUGUAUCGGUAUGGUCGUGUCCUGGAGUACACAAGCAUGUAAAACAUAGACCGAGAAUCCUACAAGCAGAAAGACAAGGUACAUAGCCACGCUAAUGUAUUUUGCAGUUGUUGCUAAAUCUGGCCAGGAAGACGUCUCAUGCGUGACGGAGGAGAAAUCAGGGGAAGACAAUGCAGAGAGUAAGAAGACGUCAAUCUGGGUAUACACCAGCGAGAACCACGGGACAAGCAUCGAGGUGCCCCUAACUCCAGAGACCACAGUUUCCGAUGUGCUGGAUUGUGUCCGGGAUCCGGUCCGAGGCGAAGGCUACCUGGUGGCAGUGGCUGGAGACACGGAAUACAUUUUACAAGAAGGGGACAACGCCUUCACUUUCUUAUAUCAGAUCUGGAACAACAGCGGCUCUCCGCUCAACUUUUUAUUAAGGUACUACAGCCAGCACGCUGAGUGGCCCCCACCCGAGCUGGAAGCACGAAGACACCAAAUGCGGCGCCCUCCGAAGGAUCAACUCCCUGCUCACAAUGAGAUCCCAGACAAGCUGCCUGGAGAUGCCAAUGACUUGACCUUGGCUGAACUUCAGGAAAUGGCCUCAAGGCAACAACAGCAGAUGGAAGCACAACAACAGGUGCUUGUUGCCAAAGAACAGAGGCUGAAGUACCUGAAGCAGCAAGAGGCAAGGCAUGCCCAGCUAGCCUCAGAAAGUGAGAGGCUCAGGAAGAUCAGAGAGAGGGUAGAGAGCCAGGAACUGAAGCUAAAGAAGUUACGGGCCUUGAAAGGUCAGGCUGAGCAGCACAGAUCAAACAACAGCAAUCUUAAUACAGAGCUCGAUGCUGUAAAGGCAGUGUUUAAUGAGAAAGAGAAGGAGCUGGCUAUAGCUGUGGCCAGAGUUGACCAACUAACCAGGCAAUUGAGAGACUUGCGUAAUGGUGUGAACCUCAACCUAACAGGUAACCAGCAGGCUGCAGCAAUGGCAGAGUUGGAGAAACUUAGAAAAGAGUUGCUGAUAAGAAACAAACUAAAUGAGCAACAAAGCAAUUCAAUCCUUGCCAAGGAGAAGCUCCUAUCCCAAAGGAAAGAAGAAGUUGCCAGGAUGGAUAUGAGAAUCCAGGAACUUCAGCAGCGUCUCAAGAAGAAGAAAUCUCAAGAGUUGGCCAAUGCCCAGAACAAAGUCAGUAAUGUCCUUCCUAGCAAUAAACUUUCUGGCCAAAAUGUUGAACAAUAUGGCCAGUACUCUCCACAAAAUCAGCUAACAGGUGGGCAAACAAAGCAAGAUUUUCACUACCAAAAUGUAAAAAUUAAUGUAUCUGGGAAACCAGAGUUUGAUAACAAGUUUUCUAAAACCCUGGAAAUGAACAAUAACAAUGAAGCAGUUGAAGAGUACAAGCUGCCCACUGUAUUACCUAUGGAUAGUAGCAGUACAAAAAUGAAAGGCAGUUAUCUGGCUCCAUCCAUCUCCAAACAACAAUCGUCAGUCCAACCACCCAUCCCUGCCAGGAAUAAUAGCUUUGGCAAGGCCAACAUUGACUAUGUAAGGCCGGCAGCAGAGCCAACUAGUCAGCAUAAUUACCCGCUCAGAAAAGAAGCCAGGCCUCUGCCAGUAAUUGCUGGCAAGCCAGCCAUAGCUGGACAAAAGUUUGUACCCCUACCCCCACCCAGGCAGCCAGUUUCCAGUGGGGCAGCUGGUGACACAGGGAAACAGUUGCCCAACAUUCAGAGCUCAGUUCCUGCUAUGCCAGGAACCUCUUUGCACCCUGUCAUCAAUAUUAAUGAAGAGGAGCGGCAGGCAGGAAGUGGUCAAAGUUCCCCAGCUUCUAGUGAGGCUUCUAACUCCAGUACUGUGGUCAAAGGGGAUGAGGUAAAUACUUCAUCCAUUGGUCCAGUAUCUGCUCUGAUAGAGAGGUUAAACAAAAAUCUAGGUCAGCCUCCAGACCAAACCAAUAUCUCAUCGCAAGGGUCAGCUGGCCUGGCCCGUCCUAAUUUAAGAGGUCGACAGACAUCUCUGGAAAGCAAUGUCCAAGGGCCAGUCUCAGAGAGGCAGCAGAGCACUCAUCAGACAUCCACCAAUGGUAGCUCCCUCUCUCAGAGUUCACAAGUCUCCUCACCUGGGGCAGAAGAUAGCAACUCAGCCAGGCCUCUGCAUUCCUCCAACCUCCACCUGAACCAGAAGCCUGCCCCUACCUACAGAUAUGCCUCCAAGAACCAGAUAGCCAACACCUACAUGGGCCGACUGGGCAGCGCAGCAAUGGAAAAAUACCAGAGGACUCUCAACAUGCUCUAUAACAAUAUUGAGAGAGAAGAGCGCAAAACAGAUCCAGGGGCUGACCGUGAAGGGACAACCUCAUUUGUCCAUGCCAGUUCUGUAGAACCUCCAGUUGCCAUAGAAACAAUAAGCUCGCAUAAUUACCCAGACAUUGCUUCAGAUAAAGGAAGCUACAAACUCAACACACCAAAGCAUAUAAGAAGAAGACAUUCAGACAGUGAAAAUGAAGAUCUAAAUAAAGCAUUGCAGGAGCACCAAGAGCUUGAGCAACAGCAGCGGUUAACAGGGCACCAGCAGCCACUCAGCUCUGACAACACAGCCAGUGAGCAGAGUGCUGAGGUCAGUUCUCCUGUGCAGCCUGACAAACCAAAUCUAGUUCCCACAUCCCCAGAUAAAAAUCUCACUUCUCCCUUGAAGGAAGACAAAGUCCCAGAAUCCCCAACCCCCAAGCUGCCAGCAAGCCCUCCUCCACUGCCAGCUGUCAAAAGCAGCCCUUCCAAGGCUGAAAUGGUUGUUAGACGAGGAAAGAGCAAUCUAAAACAAGAAGGCAGCAGGAAGUCUAAUAACAGGGUCAGCUUUGAUCCUCUGGCCUUACUUCUGGAUGCUUCCCUAGAGGGUGAGCUGGAGCUGGUCAAGAAAGUAGCAGUGCAGGUUGAAGAUGUUAGCACACCAAAUGAUGAAGGGAUCACCGCUUUACACAAUGCCAUCUGUGCUGGACACUUAGACAUUGUCAAAUUUCUGGUGGAAUUUGGAUGUGAUGUUAACUCCCCUGACAGUGAUGGGUGGACUCCACUCCACUGUGCUGCUUCCUGUAACAACUUGGCCAUGGUGAAAUUCCUUGUGGAGCAUGGGGCUUGUGUGUUUGCUACAACCAUCUCUGACCAAGAGACAGCCGCAGACAAGUGUGAGGAGGAGGAAGAUGGCUAUGACGGAUGUUCUGACUAUUUAUACAGUAUUCAAGAAAAAAUGGGAAUAAUCAAUAAUGGUGAGGUUUAUGGUGUAUUUGACUAUCAAGCCACUAAUACUGAUGAAUUAAGUUUCCAAGCUGGAGACAAGCUAACAGUGCUGCGGAAGGGAGAUGAUGUUGAGAAAGAGUGGUGGUGGUCUAGACUAGAUGGAAAUGAAGGCUACAUCCCCAGAAAUUUGCUUGGGUUAUACCCAAGGGUUUCUCCACAACCAAGGGAAGUUUCUGAGUGUUGACAACUUUGGAUCAGGAAAAGAUUUACCUUGACAGCUUGGGAUGAAAAACUGAUGUGUUGACAGCUUGGGAUGAAAAACUGAUGUGUUGACCAUUGUGUGGAAGUGACCUUGUUGUGACAAUUAUUUUGAAUAGUGAUUUGUUGAUUUUUAAAACAAAGAAUGGAAAACUGAAGUUUAAUUUUUCAUUUUGUAAAACAUAUUCUAAGAAAAAGAGUACAAAGUGUAACUUAUUUAUCCCAUCCAGACUCUAGUCAGUAUUUGAAUGACAAUCUGUGUCUGUCUGACACCAUCCACCAGCCAUGUAUUAAAGUUUGUCAUCCCCUUAGACUUCUUAGGAUCUUUAUUUCGCCCAAGAAUCUUACAUUUGGGGAAAUAAAAUUGUAAAAAGUACUUAAUUCAAAAGUGAGGGUUAAAAGUUCAUCUCAGACAUUCUGAGAAAAAUCUGAAACUCUCCUGUUUUAGAAAGGAAAUAAUAAGAUACAUUUAUCAUCUGUAUAAUAUAGUUUUAUGUCCAGUCUAUGGUUCUGAAAAGAAUUUAGACUAGCAUUAAUAGUUGAUAUAAACUGAACCAGGAAAUGGCAACUUAUUAACAACAAGCACUUCACCUUAGAUAGUUAUGUUUCUUCGUUCAAAAUUCACUUACAGACUUACAGCAUAGGAUCUUCUGAAGUUUAGAUGUUGUAGUAAAUAUGUUAUGACACCAAAGGGCACUGUCUAUUGUAAAUAGCUAUUUCUCCUUUCCAAGUCUGAUAUCUAUGCAAGUGCAUCAUCAUUAAUGUUAUUACUGUAAAUAAAUAUUUCAAACUGUCUGUAUAGCCUUGUUAUUUCAUACAAACUUAAUUAGCAAACUAUUUUUGUAGCUCAUUCAAUAUACAUUUUGUUAUACCAAAUAUUAAACUUUUAAUUUAUUCAAGUCAA